AUGUCAGAGAUUAUUGAACUCAAAGAGAAGCUUGCAAAGCUGCGCGAAUCAAAUAGAAAUCUAAACUACGAAAACAGCUUACUAGAAAUCCAAAUUAAGAAAAUAGAUGCUCAAAUUGAAGCUACAGAAAACAAAAUCAAUCCUGAAAAGGAGAAAAUUAGCUAUAAAAGCAAAGUUGAAUCGGCAAGAAUAGAUUUAUCAAUUGAAGGCGCUGCUGAGAAACGAAAUGAAGACAAGAAGGCUUUAUUAGCAGAAUUUGAAAAAAUCCAAAAGGAAAAUGAAUCUUUAGAAAGCGAUAUUGCAUUAAUAAAGUGCCAAUAUAAGAGAGUCACCACAAUGUAA